UAUUCCGCAAAACAACAGUGAAGUUGAACAAGACCAGUCACAAUGGAGCCGACCACAGAUGGGGUGUCUCAGAAUACAUUUACGUGUCACUUGUGUAGUUUAUCCACGCCGUUCACAUACUAUGGACAGAAACCUCCCAAUACAAGGGCUAUUGUUUUGUUGGAAGAGUGUUUUGUGACAAAAGAUCCUUUUAGUCCCGACAGAGAGAAGUUCCUUAUCUUAGGAUCCAACUGCAGUUUGUGCCACAUCCCAGUUUGUGUUGGAACGGGAUGCAGCCUGUUCUACACCAAAAGGUUCUGCAUGCAGUGUGUGAACAAACACUUGGACCAGUUUCCACCUCAGAUUCAAGCUGAGCUGGCCAAAAAGAAGCAGUCAUCAGUUACAGGUGUUUCAUGAUUUCUAUAGGAGAUAAAAUGAAAGACUGAACUCUAGGGGUACAAUACAAAAGACAAUCUAUUGACUUCCAUUUAGGAAUUAUAUCUCACUGAUGUGGCUAGUGUGCUUGCCUUGGUGUCAGGUAACCCAGGUGUUUCUGCUUUUGGGAUCGACAAGUUUCUGUUUUCUGAGAAAUAUACAAACAUUUACAAAAAUCCCAAACCAGCUCUUUGGCCUUGCCCCUUGGCUCUAAGCUCCCUACAUUCUCAAGUGUUGCUGACAAAACUGAGAGGGUGACUUUUGAUAUGUGGCCAUCGGGAUCAAUAAAGCUGUUAACCUCAGGACACACUUAAAUUAAAUAACACCAAACUUGUUUCACUUUAUAAUAAAACAAGGAUUGAAUUGAAAUAGCAUAUCACUGCUGUUGUUUUAGAAGGCUUUGACACUUUUCAUGUAAUAAUAAGAGAUUUUAUUUUACAUAUCAAGUGUUGAGAUCGCUCACCCUCAGAACCAUAAAAGGAGUAACCAAAUCCGAAGAGGUUUAGUCCAAACUAAAGUCUAGUGAAUCGUGUCCUGAUAACAAAAAUAAAGCUACUUCUGUAACUCA